AUGAACGCGGUAACACUAUCGCCCAAGAUUGCGAGUCGCCCAGGAACUGAACGAAUGGAGUGUCAUGCAGUCGCCCAGAGCUGUUACUCUAUUAUCGCCCAAAUCUUCGAGUCGCCCAAAAAGUGGAGAGGGGACAAAACAACUUCCAUUUUAGCGCCUAGAAACAUUACCGUAGCAGAACUUGUGUUAAGAUUGAAGGACAAAUUUGGUAUUGUUGAACCCCGCAAUAAAAUUGAAUUGAAGUUCAAAGUCCCGAAUUUGAAUAUACCUCCGGCAGAGAUACAGGACGAUAAUGAUCUAAAUUGGUACAUAUCUAUUCAUAAGGAGACUGCACUCUGCAUCAUAUCAGAUUUUUGUAUAUCAGAGAUUGUUGCAAAUGGGAAAGAAGAGUCGUCCAAACAAGACCAAAAGCUCAAGACGAGAAGAGAGAUUGUAGCCCUAGGUGUCCAACUGGGUAAAAUGAAUAUUGCUGCUUGGGCAAGUAAGGACGAGAAAGAGAAAAGUAUAUCUGGAAAUGAAACUGUUGAGGUUGAUGAUGUUCGAAGAAUCGAGUAUUCAAAACGAGCAACUGCAUGGGAAGAAGCUGAGAAGUCCAAACAUUCUGUCAGGUUUAGACGGGAUGAAAUAAAAAUCCAAGCAUGGGAAAGUGAACAGAAAUCAAAACUUGAAGCAGAGAUGAGGAAAGUAGAGGCAAAAGUUGAGCAAAUGAGAGCUCAAGCUCAAUCAAAGAUGGUCGAGAAGAUUGCAUUGGUAAGGCAUAAAUCAGAGGAAUUGCGGACUGCUGCUGAGGCUAGAAAAAAUCGCCAGGAAGAGAAAACUGCUGUGCAGGUAGAAUACAUUCGUGCAACUGGUCGAAUUCUGUUGGAAGAAUUUUGUGAAUAGUGACGCCGAAAUAAGUAUAAUGAUG